AUUGUUGACAGCACGACACCAAUUCACUGGACUAGAUACUUUACUAGUCUAGAUCUAUUAUAUCUAUUCUAAAUCUAGAUCUAGAUAUCUAAAAAUCUAGACUAGGCUUUAGAUCUAAGUAAUUUUAGAUGUAUCUAGAUCUAGUCUUGAUCAAGUUUAACUAGCUAGAUGUAGAAUGUAGAUCAAGUCAAUAUUUUUUUUAUUUUAUAGAUCUAUAUCAUAUGAUACAAUGAUACAUAGACUAGACUCAUCAUUAGACUGGUCACUAUCUAGACUAUACUAACUUCACUAACUAUACUAUACUACUAUUUUAGUACUAUAGCUAUACUGCUAUAGUAUAGUCAUUGACUAUUAUAGUGACAUUAUAGAUUAGAGUCUAGAGUCUAGAAUCUAGAUAGAUCUAACUGUCUAUAUAGACUAGUCUAUUAUAAUUAUAAUUAUAUAGAUCUAAAUCUAGUCACUAUUAUUAUAGACUAUACAAGUAUACUGUAGUGUAUAUUAUUAUACCUAGAUAAUAGUCUAUAGAGAUUUAUAUCUCACUAGAUCUAGAUUAUUAUUAUACUAGAUCUAGAUAUAUAUUAAUAUAUAGUUAGUAUUAUAAUACUUAAUUGUAUGAACAUGGGAGUGUUAGUGUACUUACACAACAAUUCAUUUUCAUCAAGAUCUAGAUCUAUAGAUCUAAAUCUAGAUAGAUCUAAUAGAAAAGUAGAUAAUCUAAGCAUUAAUCUUAACUUUAGAAAAGUGACCUCGCUGAUGUAUAUUAACGUAAAUUGGAUUAUUCUACUUGUUCUAAUAUUUGUAAAUGUAAUAAAAACGUCUGAAUCAAAUCCCAUGUCUGGUGAAGAGAAAAAGCAAUUAAGAGAUAAGUCAGUGGAGAUGUUUUAUCAUGCUUUUAAUUCCUAUAUGAAUUUUGCAUAUCCAGCUGAUGAGUUGAUGCCCUUAUCAUGUAAAGGUCGGUACAGAGGUUCUGAACCUCCAAGAGGAGACAUAGAUGAUACCUUAGGAAACUUUACUUUAACAUUGAUCGACACUUUGGAUACUCUGGCAAUACUUGGAGAUCUAAAAGCUUUUGAAUCAGCAGUGAAAAGUGUUAUCAAAGAUUCAAGAUUUGAUGCAGAUAUUGUUGUGUCUGUUUUUGAAACCAACAUUAGAAUUUUAGGUGGAUUAUUAGGUGGCCAUGUAGCUGCUAGCUUUUUUAAGAAGAAAAAGAUGGCAAUGCUUUGGUAUCAAGAUGAGCUACUUACAAUGGCUAAAGAAGUUGGUGAUAGGCUUCUGCCUGCCUUCAACACUACAACUGGUAUCCCAUUCCCUAGGGUAAAUUUAAAACAUGGUAUAACUUCGAAAAUUUCAAGUUCUACUAGAGAUACUUGUACAAGCUGUGCAGGAACAAUGAUCUUAGAGUUUGCAGCACUUUCCAGAUUAACAGGCAUUGGAAUUUAUGAAGAAAAGAGUCGUAAAGCUAUGGAUUAUUUAUGGUCCCAAAGACAUCGAAGUAAUAAUCUCAUGGGAAUGGUUAUCAAUAUACAUAAUGGUGACUGGGUUCGUCGUGAAAGUGGUGUUGGAGCAGGCAUUGAUUCCUAUUAUGAAUAUGUUCUAAAGACAUAUGUUUUGCUUGGAGAUGACACUUAUCUUAAUAGAUUCAACAAACAUUAUGAAGCUGUGAAGCGUUACAUUAGUCAAGGACCAUUAUUAGUUGAUGUUCUUAUGCAUAAACCAACAAGUGCUGCUAAAAAUUUCAUGGAUGCUCUUUUGGCAUUUUGGCCAGGAUUACAGGUUCUGGUCGGAGAUAUAGGACCUGCAGUAGAAACUCACGAGAUGCUAUAUCAAAUCAUACAGAGACAUAAUUUCCUACCAGAGGCUUUUACCACUGAUUUUCGUGUUCAUUGGGGACAGCAUCCAUUAAGACCUGAGUUUUUGGAAUCAACUUAUUUUUUAUAUAAGGCCACAUCUGAUCCUUAUUACUUACAAGUUGGAAAAAAAGUUUUAGAAAAUUUGGAACAGCAUGCCAGAGUUCCCUGUGGAUUUGCUGCAAUUAAAGAUAUCAAAAGAGGCACACAUGAAGAUCAAAUGGAUUCUUAUGUAUUGGCUGAAACAUUCAAGUAUCUAUUUUUACUUUUUUCUGAAAAAGAAGAUGUUUUGUUGGAAAUAGAUGAUUUUAUUUUUACAACAGAAGCACAUAUUCUUCCUUUGACACUGUCUGUUGGCAAUUAUUCUUGGAAGACAAAUGCAAAAGUUAAAACAGAUAUUUACAAGUUUGACAUGAUGUCUGUAGCAGAAAUGGCAAAAGCUGUUGAUGAUGAAGAUGUUAUUAAUUUUGUAGACUUAGAUGAGGAAAGAGGUAUUUGCCACAAUUACCAUGUAACUCAUACUGAAGGACCUAGUUAUCCACACAAAUUGAGACAUCAAUUGCGUGAUCUAGUCGACAAAACUCACCCACAGCUGAAGUCUGAUCGGCCUAGAUUAAAAGCUUCAGAUUUUGUAGCUAGUAAUAAAGAGCAUUUAGAAUUACUUCAUCAUAUGGGAAUUAGAUUGGCCACAAUGCAGGAUGGACGUAUACAACUUCUGCACACAGCUUCAGAAGCUUUAUCUCAAGCUUACGCUGAAGCUGGAUUAGAAUUCAUGCAGGAGAUGAUUUCUAUAAGCCAAACUCAACAAUUAGAAAGCCAUCAUGAACCAAUGUAUAUAAGACUUUUAUCUGAGCCAUUUAAUGGAGAUAUAAUUUAUCGUGCUGGACCAGCACAGUUUGGCUAUGACCUCACUAAAUCUCCACCUGUACAAGGGUAUUUAGCUUUAGCUAAACCUUUAAAGGGUUGUUCAGAUUUAGAAAAUGGAGAUGACAUUAAAGGAAAGAUAAUAAUAGUGGAACGAGGAGACUGUAUGUUUGUAGAUAAAGCAAGAAACCUUCAAAAAAAGGGAGCUCUUGGUGGCAUAGUUAUUGAUCAAGCUCAGGGAUCAUCAAGUGAACUUGUGAGUCUUUUUGCUAUGUCAGGAGAUGGAACAAAUAACGUCAUUAUACCCAUGGUAUUUCUCUUUUGGAAACAGGGUCAAGAUUUAUUGGAAACUAUGCAAAGAUACCCAGAUGUGUUGAUAGAAUUAAGCUCUAAAGAAGCAUCUUUUUCUAAUACAACUAAUAAUCAAGCAUUAGAAAAUGAGUCUGGUGAUCAGGAAUUUGUCAGUCUUAUUGAAGAGCCGACCAAAAAUAAAGAUCCAACUAGUUCUGCAACAGAUGUUCUGGGAGAGACUAAUGUAGUUAAAAAUACAGAUGACCAUGCUUUUUAUCAUCAUGAGAUUUUAGAUCUAGCUUCACAAAAGUAUUAUUUGAAAGCUGGUACUAAAUAUUUUCAUUUACAUGUGCAAGUGACAAAUGAGCAACUUCAUUCUGAUACUGAUAAAGUAUUGCAAUAUGAUCCCUUACCUGACGGCUCUAAAAUGUUCACAAUUUUCUUAAGCACUACAUUUUCUAAUUCUGAAAAACCUAAUUUAAAUGAAAUUUAUUUAAAAGUGUUGAAUGCAUUUCAGCAUCACACAAAUCUAGAACAUUUGGAAAAUUCAUCCAACUACAUGAAAGCCUUGGCAAGAUUUAUGGAGUCUGCUUACUUUUCAAUAGAUCGUAUUGAUCAAGUUGCUUUAGAAGUGAUGCAAGAUUUUACCAAAUACAUUAAAGUGAAAUAUACUUUUCCUCACGGUGAUAGUGUCUUUCUUACUAAAAGUAAAUAUGUAAAUGAAGAUUUAAAAAUCUAUUCUAGUAAUGUUAAAGAUUUUAUUCAAAGCAAUGGCUUGUCAUCAGAAUUAAUUUUAGAAAAGACUGAUACAGGGGUAACCCCAGAACUAUCUUCUAAUAGUAAAUCUCUCACAGAUGUUUCAGAUAAAACAACUGAUUCUUUUACAUCAGAUGCAGCAACAAAUUUAGUGAAUGAAGUUAAGAAACAUUUUGAAGAAAGCCUUCAAAAAGACUUGGAAAGCAAAAGUAAUAAACCAAUAAUUCAAUCUCCAGAAGAAGACAUACACAAGAAAGAUGAACUUUAGAAUGGCUCAAAAACUAAUUUUAAUAAAUGAUACCAUUUUUUUUUCAUUACCUCAGAUGUGGUGGACAAAAGGAUUAUUAAUGUUUGGAUUUUUAAAGAAUAUUUUAUUAGGCCAGAAUAAUUGUUAUUUAUUACUUAAGCUAUGUCUUCCUCUUCUAUUAAAAUGAACUCACUGUUGGCUCAGCAUUUUUGUAAGCUUCCAAAAAACAAAUUUAAUAACCUAAAACAUAAAAAUUGUAGCUUAAGAUGCUGCUAUUCUUUCAUAGAGAAAGCAAUAAUGUACUUCAAAAUUAAAAAAAGCAGCCUUUUAAAAUUUUGAUUAAAGUUUAGAUAUUCCUUUUUAGCACCUUUUACCAUGGUCUUUGCUUAAUUAAAUAUUUUUUGUAACACUUUAAUUAAUUUUUCAGUAACUUUGUUAAUUUUAAAACGGUUGUAAGGUUAGGGUUAGUGACAGAUAGAAUUCCUAUUUAGACUUUUUUUUCUUUGAUAAUUAUAAUAUAUAAUCCUUGUGUAUUGUUUUUUUAUUUAUUGCCGAGAAUCCCUUUAAAUUUAAUAAUUUUUUUCAACAAUCAUAAUUUUUUAUGAACAUUGAUCAAAUAUGAAAUCAUUUAACUUAGUUUUUGUAGGGCUGUGGAAAAAUGUGUUUAAGUUCAUUAUAUGUAUAUAGGCUUCUUGAGACAGACUCAUUUUAUCAAAUUUAUUAAAGGUUUGAUAAAACAAUAUUUACCUAUCUGUUUGUGUAUGUUUUUGCCUUAACUAAUAUUGUUAAACUUUACUUAGUAAUGACUAAGUUUGAAUGUUAACGUUAUCUCUCUUUAAUAGAAUCAUUGUUCAAUAUAGAUAUUUCAUUCAUUGCUGUAAUCAUCUUAGUGAAUUAACUCAAUAAAAUGCCUUUUAUUCGU